CGAUAUUAUAACCACCCGCACAGAUAAGAGUCAUCAUGUCAGAUGAAGUCAAUGUCUUUAUGGACCCUUUCCUCAAAAUCUACACAAAUCCUGAUCAUAUAGAAGUAGCCGAUAACCUCACUGAAUCCUUUCACGAUGACAUUGUGUUGAAAGUGCAACAGAGAGACACAGAAUUGUUGGAGUCCCUGGGAAUCAUCCAAUCAAAACUCAUCAAAACUAUGGAGAAACAACCAGAGAAACCAAAACAAAGUAGUUCAUUACUGGACAUUGUUGAAUCAAAACUUAAUGAUGUGAAGGAAAGAGAAAGGCUGAGAGAAAAAAAGCAGAGUGGUAAAGAAAAGCCAGCAGAGAAAGAAGUGAUACACAUAACAAAUGAAACAACUGAAGAUCAGUCAGAAAAAGCAGAAAUGUGUCAUUUUGACAUGAUACAGAUGGAAAAAUGUCUUGAGGAGCAAAAUGAGCAAACCGAGGCUGAGGAUCCAUGUGAAGUGACCACAGAACAACAACACGUGAAGGCUGUUAAUAAAGAAGAGCAAAGAGAACCGAGAAUUUCAGUUCCAAUGACAAAUGAAGAAGCAAAGGAAAUGAUUGAGUGUGGAAAAGCUACAGACAUUCACAAAACAAAACAACCUGACAGUGUCGAAACAGACCAUUUUCAAGAGCCACAAGCUACUAUAAUGGAAAAAGAUUUUUUGACAGAAAAACCUAAUAAGACUAAUCUCAGUGAACCAUUAAACAAAGUCGCUACUAAAGAGGAAAAUGAGGAGGUUGUGGAGAUACAGAAGCAAGAAUUGCUCAGUGGAGCAGUGUGUCCAGAUGCCAAGAAGUCACAAGAUGACACAGAUAAUGUGUUUCUGUGUAAAGCAAAAGAGAACAUUCAUUUAAAAUCAGAAAGCACUGAGAAGAGGGAAAGUAUAAACACAACACCUAAAAAGCAAGAAGAGGAGCAUCUAUAUGAAGUACCCGAUGUUUUUCUCCCUUGUUCUGCUGAAUACGUUUAUGAAACAGAAAGUGUUAAAGAACAAAUGAAGAAACUGGACAACGUCACACUUCACAUUGCUGUUACAGGAUCAACUGGAGCAGGAAAAUCCAGCUUUAUCAAUGCAAUACGAGGUCUGAAACCUGAUGACGACAAUGCAGCUCCCACAGGAGUAACUGAGACAACAAUGAUAUCAACAGUGUACGAACAUCCUACAAUGCCCAGUGUAAAAUUAUGGGAUCUGCCAGGGACUGGAAGUCCCAAAUUUAAAGCCAAAAAAUAUCUAAAGGAGGUGAAACUUGACACCUUUGACUUCUUCAUCAUCAUCUCCUCAGAGAGAUUCAAAGAAAAUGACAUCAUGCUGGCUAAAGCAAUUAAAGAGAAGAAGAAGUUGUUCUACUUUCUCCGCUCCAAGAUUGACAAUGACAUUCAAGCGGAAUCUCAAAGGAAAGACUUUGAUGAGCAGAAAGCUCUCUCACAUAUUCGUGAGAACUGCCAUAGUUACCUUAAGGAUAUGGAUAACCCAAAACCAAAAAUUUUCCUGAUUUCCUCUUUUGAAUUGCACAAAUAUGAUUUUCAAACCCUCGUCGACACACUGGAGAAACAGCUACCUGCUCAGAAGAGAGAUGCUUUGAUUUUGUCUUUGCCAAUAUACUCCUCCAAGAUUCUGGACAAGAAAAUCGAACUGUUUAUGAAGCAAACCUGGUCGGCUGCCGUCGCUUCUGGUUCCAUUGCUGUGGCUCCAGUGCCUGGUCUUUCCAUAGCUUGUGACGCUGCCAUUUUGCUGGCUUUCUUCACUAAGUGUUACUAUGCAUUCGGUCUGGAUGAUGAAUCAAUAGAUAAGCUUUCGGUGAGAGUCAACAAUCCAUCCCUCAAAUCUGUAAGAAAGUCACCUCUAGUGAUUGCUAUUGGGCAAAAGAAACUCAGUAAUAAGGAGCUAUCAGCACUGACAAACAGGGAAGCAGCUGUUAAAUUUGCGUGGAGCAUGGUUCCUGUUGUAGGGAGUAAAAAAACUGCAGAAAUGUCUUAUUCUGCAACACUGAACCUUCUGCGAGCAGGCGUUCAGGAUCUCGCUGAUACAGCCAAAGAAGUGCUGAAAGUGGCAGGUCUGAUUGAUGUCUACUAAAAUCACAGAUUGGGAUCAGUCAAGAGGUCAUGCCAUUGGUCAUUUUUGUUAAGCCUUUUUGACAUUUUGUGUGUAGUCACAUUCACUCAUAACAUAUGUUGCUGCCAUUCAAGAAGCUGAGCUGCAUGCAUCUAAUAACUGUUCUGAACAUGUUUCUUUAUUAUCUUAAAAAUGUAAGUCUUAAAUUGCUUUUGUUCAUAGAUUUACUUCCUAUAAAAGAUGCCUAUAAACAUUUUUAUCUGAAUCAUGGACUAAUUGUGUUGUUUGUUAGAUUGUGUGCUGAGUGUGUAUAGAAAUUAAGCUACUACUGUAUGUCCUCUGUUUAUAAACUAUUUACAGGAAUCUGGUCACAAUUAGCUGACAGUUUAAUUUUUCAUUGUUUAUUUAUUUCUAUUUGAUAUUUAAUGAUGUACAGGCUAAUGUCUCAUACAUAAUAAAAAAUUAA